UUAUAGAUAAAACUUACUUUACGUCUUUAUGACUUUUUUGGCUAAUACAAUACAUGUCCUCGGGGUGGCUGUUUAAUAUCCAUCUAUGGAACGAGCAUUUACGUAUUUCUAUAUAAGCCAAGGAUCUUGAGUCGUGCAUAGUGUUUGGUUGUUGCCGUUGAGGAUUUUGAGGUUACGCGAAACUAGAGAAAUAGACAGAUUUGUUUUACUUGAUGUACAUUUAUAGGUACAUGAUUUUUUGAGAUUGAUAUAUAGUUAGAUAUCUUUUUGAAUAAUGCUGCUACUUUGAAUCGCGUACAAAUGGAUAAAUAAAUAAUUUGUUGUUGCGUAUCACUGUGUAUUAUGCAUUUUUUAGAUUUUUAAUUUAAUUAAAUUUCCCUGCCUUUCAUCGAAUGUGUAAUCGCCGACAGCUAUUGUGCUUAUUCUUGGAAUAAUGACGCCAAUACUUUGCUGAUAAAGUCGAUCGGUCAUAAUAAUUUUCUUUAUGACGGGGCAAAAGUCUAAUUCAGUUUAGGAUCAACAUGCGCAUUUCUUGUGCAUUAAGAGAGUGCGCGUAUUAAUUCUUAGGAUAUAAAAGUAUGUAAAAUCAGUAAAGCUCGGUCAGCUAAUGGAGAUAUUGAUUUCUGCCUAUAUAUAUAUGUACCAUCUCUGUAUGUACCGAUUAUAUGUCAGUCGCGUACAUUUUUUGAUCUUAGUAAUUUGAAGUUGUAAUUUUAUUCAUGGAGAAAACAAACUCGUUUUAUCAAUGGGUUAUCAAAGUUUUGCAAUAUUGCAUAUUGUGUUGCAAUUCGUAUUGUAUCUUAUGUACUUGGGGUUUUCAAAAAGUUAUCGUAUAUGAAAAGAAAUAUAUCGACUUUUUGCAAUAUUUAAUGUUUUGAAAAAAGGAAUGCGAGAGAGUUGAAUUACAUAAUUGACGAGCUACGCGAGGUGUUACUGUUUUUUUAUUUUGGGUUAAAAUUCUCUACGCUUAUAAAUCCAUUCUAAAUGGCUAACGACGUUGAAGUUUUGGAUAAAAACUUUUUGUACAACAACAUGAUGGCCAGGGCGCUCGUACAACUAUUUCCUGAACAAGAAAGGUCGCAGAUAUUCAUGUGGCUGGAAAAGUUGCAAAGUGUCGCCGGCAAUAAAGACGCCUUGUCAAUCCGUAACGACUACAUGUGGUUGAUGCUCUUGGUCAUGCAGAGUGGAAACCUAACAGAACCUUUUGAUAAACUUCCACCUACCAGAGAAUUGCCUCCAGUCUCGGAAAUCGUGCCGUCGCAGGUAUACGAAGACGUGCUGUCGUCAUCGGAUCAAAAUUUUUCAUGGAUCGACAAAAUCAUAUCCGAUACCAACAUAACAGAUGAAAAUGGGAUGCCGACUAGCGGGAUGCCGCCAUACAAAUUUUUCGAGCAUCAACCUCAGCCGAUGAAUGGGAUAAUCUGUUAUUUUUCGGUAUUCAGUAAAGAUUCAUAGAAUUUGAAAAACACCCUGAAAUAUUUCACAAUAAAACAUUGUACGCGUUAUGUUUACAAUGAAAUUAUUAAAAAAUUUGGAUGUAACAGUAUAA